AUGGCGAGCGUAACACAUUCAAUAGAAAACUCUCCAACAUCCACCAUGUCUUAGGCUCCUAAAAUUAAAUAGGAAUCUAUUAGUAUUGGCAUGAGCUGGAAAGCCAUACUUAGAAAAAAAAAUUAGACUAAACGCCCCAAUCAAAAACUAACUCCAAGGCUAUCAGAAUCGAUUAAAUCAAAGAAUAUACCCAAGAAUGUAGCCAAAGCCAUCAUACAAUAAAUCCUUAAUAACAAUGUAUAGGAGUAGAUAGAAGAAGAGGAGGAGUUCUUGAAAUUCAUCAAUAAACACAGAAAAAUUUAGAAUCUAGCUUAUCUGAUGAAAAUAACAAGACCCCAUAAAUUAGAAAAACUAAACAAAUUACAUAAAUAGUUUAGAUAGAUUUGUUGGAAUUUUCUGAAAAAGUAAUAUGUGCCAUAUAUAUUCAAUUCUAGAAUUAAAAAUCCAGAAGGCCAUUUACAAUACAGGAAUCAAUUAAUGAAAGUGUUUGCUUAAAAAUAAUGA